UGUUUCCGGUCGCUCCCUGUCUUGAAUGCUGGCACCUGAGUUCCUGUUGCAAUUUAUAAGCUAAGAUAUUGUCCUGAGUCAGCCUCAGCUAUGAGUUCAGCAAAGCCGUACAUUGGCUGUAAGAUAGGGUUAAUUUCAAAAGCUCAGAAUCGGUAUGAGGGGAUUUUGUAUACAAUUGAUAAAGUGAACUCCACUGUAGUGCUGGCUAAAGUUAAGUGUUUUGGAACUGAGGGACGACCCACUGACAGGCCGACACCACCCAAAGAUGAUAUCUAUGAGUACAUCACUUUCCGGGGAAGUGAUAUCAAGGACAUCACACUGUGUGAAGCUCCAAGAUCUCAUCACGGCCUACCUGCAGAUCCUGCAAUAGUACAGUCAUCCAGUGCAGGUUCUCCAAGCGUCUACUCAGCUCUUGGACCAUUUAGCCCUCUAAGGAUGCCUGCCUACAACCAGCUUGCUGCCAGUUCUCUACUAAAUCACCAGUACGCUGCAGCUCUUGGCCUUGGGCCUGCACUUCCAGGCUUGCACAUUAGAAGGGGCCCCAUGGUGGAGAAGGCUGUUCAAACCCUCCACGUGGAUAGACUGAGGCAGAGGGGAGGCCUGACUGCACCCCAGGAACGGGAGCAGCUGUGGGAGAGGAGGAGGCCCCAGAGGCCCAGAGGAGACAGUUCCCAGAGCAGAAGGGGCACUGCAGCUACCAUCAAGUCAGGCCCAGGUGCGCCCAGCGCUCAGCAGGAAACUUGGCAGCAGAAUAACGAAAACAGGCCGCCGCCCAGGAGAAGACAAGGAGCUCGGAGGCGCAGGAACCGCAGCAGAGGCCAGCUGAUGGUGGCCAACGUUCCAUCUGCUGUCCUUAAGUUUGACACAGACUUUGAUUUUGAUUCCUCAAAUGCGCAGUUUAAUAAGGAGGAGCUGGAGAAGGAGGUGCAAGACAAGAUGAAAGAUGGAAAUCACGAGGUAGAGGAGAAAGAAAAAGAAGACCCCACUUCAGAGGAUGAUUAUUUCGGCCCAAAAUGCUACUACGACAAAGCAAAGUCUUUCUUUGACAACAUCUCGUCUGAUAAUAAGUUCAGUUUCAGACUGACAUGGGCAGAGGAGCGGAAGCGCAAUCUGGAGACUUUUGGGGUCCCUGGGCGGUUCCUGAGGGGCAAAGGCUUCAGAGGGGGAUACAGUGGACGAAGAGGACGGGGCGCUGCUCAGAAUCUACCUGUUCACAGAGCCAGGAAUGGACAGCUGUGAAGGUCAGAGGUUGAUACCAAGUUGCCAAAGCAACACUGUCCUCCAAUGAUGGCAACUGUUACCCAUUAUUAAUGAUUGGUUAAAGCAGCUCUGUUGUCACUGUAUGAAGAUGGAUGUUUUUUUGUUGUUCUCCCUAAGGCAGUUUCCCUGCCCUCAUACUUCCAGGAUGGUAUUUUUUAUUUAUACCCUCUUUGUCAUUUGGCCCCAUUUUGAAUAUGAAGCAUGGCUCACUUAAUGGUCCACUGUGUGUGACGAUAGUUUCCCCCCCUAAGAAUAUUUCCCUGAAGAGGUUUUUCUUUUCUUUGAAUUAAAUGGAAAGUGAGCGUUUUAAGUUUCUUUUUUUUCUGUUACUUGGAGAACUUUCACUCCCAAACGUGUAUUGGUUGUGUUUAAGUAUCUGGCUUUGCCUCUUGGAAGAACAUUUAAAUGUUGUAAAUAUUACCAUGAACUAAACCUAAAUGUAUUUAAAGGCUAAAUCAUUGCUUUGUUCUGUCAUGUUGAAGCAACAAGCAAGACUAUAUGUAAAUAAA